AUCGCUCAUUCAUUCUCAUGAACUGCGUUAUGAUGGAUGUUGACACGCGACCGUCUCGUCUCCUCCGGUAAUCCGGUCACAUCGAGCGGACGGCAGCAUCGGAAGCGUCACAUCAUGGAUGAUUCGGGAAUAAUCAGACGCAGACGGCUGCAGGAUCUUCCUCUGCCCCGUAAGAACAGCAGUUGCCGCAGUAACAGGAAGAGUCUGAUUCUGACCUCCACCUCCCCGACUCUGCCACGCCCACAUUCCCCAUUACCGGGACACAUCGGAAGUAGUCCUCUGGACAGCCCUCGCAAUUUCUCUCCCAGCACACCAGCUCAUUUCUCUUUUGCUUCCUCGAGACGGGAUGGCCGUCGUUGGUCACUGGCAUCUCUUCCGUCCUCUGGGUAUGGAACCAACACACCCAGUUCAACGUCUUCCAGUUCCUCACAGGAGAGAUUGCACCAGUUGCCGUCUCAGCCGACCAUGGAUGAGCUUCACUUCCUGUCGAAACACUUCGGCAGCACAGAGAGCAUCACUGAUGAUGACGGGGGACGCUGUUCACCCCACAUAAGACCACGCUCACGCAGCCUCAGUCCGGGUCGCUCUCACUCCUGUUACGACAAUGAAAUCGUCAUGAUGAAUCAUGUGUACAGAGAACGAUUCCCCAAGGCCACAGCGCAGAUGGAGGGCCGGCUGUGUGAUUUCAUCCAGUCGUUUUGUCCUGAAAGUGUCCUGCCGUUAGCUGACGGGAUCCUGAGCUUCAUUCAUCAUCAGAUCAUCGAGCUGUCCAGAGACUGUCUGACCAAAUCUGGAGAAGGUCUCAACACGUCUGUUUACUUCUAUGAGCUGCAGGAGAACCUGGAGAAACUGCUGGAUGAUGCGUAUAAGCGAUCAGAGAGUUCAGAGUUGACCUUCGUCACAGAAUUGGUGAAGAAACUCCUCUUCAUUAUCGCUCGACCUGCCCGACUUCUCGAGUGUCUGGAGUUUAAUCCUGAAGAGUUUUAUCAUCUGCUGGAGGCGGCUGAAGAUCACGCUAAAGAAGGUCACCUGAUGAAGACAGACAUCCCGCGGUACAUCAUCAGUCAGCUGGGACUCACACGUGACCCUUUGGAGGAGCUGGUCAGUCGUGAACAUUACGAGAGUGAGGGUCCUCUUACACCAGAGACGGAUGAUUCGGCAGAGGUUAAAUUGAAACCCAUGAAGCCUCCAGAAGAGAGUGAUUUCCAGACCAUCAAGCUGAUCAGUAAUGGAGCCUACGGUGCGGUGUAUUUGGUUCGUCACCUGGAGUCUCGACAGCGUUUCGCCAUGAAGAAAAUCAACAAACAAAACCUGAUUCUGAGGAACCAGAUCCAGCAGGCGUUUGUGGAGCGGGACAUUCUGACGUUCGCUGAGAACCCAUUUGUGGUCAGCAUGUUCUGCUCGUUUGAGACCAGACGACACCUUUGUAUGGUGCUGGAGUAUGUUGAGGGAGGCGACUGUGCGACAUUGCUAAAGAGUAUCGGAGCAUUGCCAGUGGAGAUGGCGCGAAUGUACUUCGCCGAAACCGUCCUGGCGCUCGAGUACAUCCACAACUACGGCAUUGUGCACAGAGACCUCAAACCUGAUAAUCUGCUGAUCACGUCGAUGGGUCACAUUAAACUCACUGAUUUCGGUUUGUCUAAAAUGGGUCUCAUGAGUUUGACCACAAAUCUGUAUGAGGGACACAUCGAGAAAGACACAAGAGAGUUCCUGGACAAACAGGUUUGUGGUACCCCGGAGUACAUUGCCCCUGAGGUGAUUCUGCGUCAGGGUUACGGGAAGCCGGUGGACUGGUGGGCGAUGGGCAUCAUCCUCUAUGAGUUCCUGGUGGGCUGUGUGCCGUUCUUCGGUGACACACCUGAGGAACUGUUUGGUCAGGUGAUCUCAGAUGAGAUUGUGUGGCCUGAAGAUGAUGAAGCUCUUCCUCUUGACGCUCAGCACCUGAUCUCAUCUCUACUGCAGACCAAUCCACUGCUCAGACUUGGCACAGGUGGAGCGUUUGAGGUGAAACAGCAUCAGUUCUUCUGUGAUCUGGACUGGAGUGGUCUGCUCCGACAGAAAGCUGAGUUCAUUCCAAACCUGGAGUCUGAGGAGGACACGAGCUAUUUCGACACGCGUUCAGAGCGAUAUCAUCACAUUCACUCGUACGAUGAAGACGACACAAAUGAUGAUGAGCCGGUGGAGAUUCACCGUUUCUCGUCCUGUUCUCCACGAUUCAGCAAGGUGUACAGUAGCAUGGAGCAUCUGUCCCAACUGGAACACAAACCUGUGGUGACCCGUAGAGAGCCUAAAAGUCACAGACAAGAUCGAUCGAAAAGAGAGAGUCUUGGCAGCCUGACGCUCCGAGACAAGACCUGGAGAACCGGAUCUCCUGAGAUGAAGCGUUUGUCGUGUUCAGAGUUGUCGUUUCCUGAAUCAGACUCCAGUCCUCCUGGUGUAUGCCGUCGUUUCUCAUCGCUCUUGGACACACACCACUUCGCUUCUCCACUAGAGGGUGACAGUGACACGCACACACGGCAGCCGCCAAUCAAAGUCAGGGGUUCAUCACUAGAGGGCGCCAGUAUCGCCCGUGCAUCCGGAUCCGUGGACUCUAGUUCAACUCUAAUAGUGGGACAUACUGGAGAUAAGCUUCUGCGGCCUGCGGAUGCUGCCAUGGUGACAGCGCCCCUACACAUGCCAGACUCACUUGGACCUCGAGUCGGAACUGACCUCGUUUUACGAAGAGCUCGUCAUCAUCAGCUUCCGAUGGACAAUGAGAAACGAACUGCCAUUCACUCUGGAACCAAGGUCAUAAAGUCCGCCUCUGCCAUGGCCCUGUCUAUCAUUAUACCUGCAGUCGAGCAGCAUGGUACGUCACCAUUGGCCAGUCCCAUGUCUCCUCGUUCCAUCUCGUCCAAUCCCUCGUCUCGUGACUCGUCUCCGAGCCGUGACUACUCACCUAUGGUUAACGUUCUGAGAUCGCCAAUCACCAUCCAACGCUCGGGGAAGAAGUAUGGCUUCACACUGCGUGCCAUCAGAGUCUACAUGGGUGACAGCAAUGUGUACAGCGUACACCACAUGGUCUGGCAUGUGGAGUGUGGUGGACCGGCCCAGGAGGCGGGUCUUUGUGCCGGUGACCUCAUCACCCAUGUGAAUGGAGAAUCUGUGCACGGAUUGGUCCACACGGAGGUGGUGGAGCUCAUUCUCAAGAGUGGCAGUAAAGUAACAGUGACAACGACUCCAUUUGAGAACACGUCUAUAAAGAUAGGACCAGCCCGGAAACUCAGCUACCAAGCCAAGAUGGCCAGACGCAACAAGAAAUCGGUCGCUAAAGAUGGACAGGAGUGUAAGAAGCGAAGCUCUCUUUUUCGUAAAAUCACCAAGCAGUCAAACCUUCUUCAAACCAGUCGUAGUCUGUCGUCUCUGAAUCGUUCUUUGUCAUCUGGAGACAGUCUGCCUGGAUCACCGACCCACAACCUGUCUACCUACUCGCCUACACAGACGUACCGCUCCCCACCAGACUCCGCCCACCUCGGCAUGUCUUCUCAGAGCAGCUCUACCGCUUCGAGCACACCAAACUCUCCUGCCACCUCACAGCACAUGAGGCCGAGCUCACUGUAUGGUCUCUCUCCUAAACUCCACCGCCAGUACCGCUCUGCUCGCUGCAAAUCUGCCGGGAACAUUCCUCUCUCCCCAUUGGCUCACACGCCAUCCCCUACCUCCUCUUCCCCGCCUCCCAUUGCUGGACACAUUUUCGGCAGCUCCAACACCACCCAGGCAUACCCCGCCAAGCUCCACGCCUCUCCUCCAAUCACACGGCCCAGGCCCAAGAGUGCAGAACCACCCCGUUCCCCACUCCUCCAGCGAGUUCAGUCUGCCGAGAAGCUUGGCCCACCCCCUCCACCAUCAUUCCUUUCGUCCUUGUCUUCUGUGUGCUCGGACAGGAAGGGAGGACUUUGCGUGUCAAUGAGGAAGCAUGGUUUGGAGGUUGCGCAUGCGGAAUACCGGCGGGACUCGUUCCACUGCGAGCAUGCCCUCCAAAGCCUGUUGGAGAUUGAAGGAGAGAACACACUCGGGGUGCCGCCCUCUCCACCUGACCAGACACCCACUCACAUGUUCUGUCUGGCAAGGCAACUUGUGAAGCAGGACUCAAUUGGGGGUCGAGACUCUGGGGCCAAAGGCGACGUGAGACAACUCGGCUCAAGCAAAGCAGAGAUAAGAACCAUCCCAAAAACUGAACCAACAACAACUACCAAUACUAAGGAUACUAAAGCAACCCAUUUGGAUGAAGCCACUCAAAAGGAGAAGGGCUCAUCCAAGUCUGAGACUAGUCAAGCCUCAUUUGAAGUCAUCUCUGCUGGGAAGGAAGUUAUCAAUGAUGCAGGAAAGAGUGAAUCUCUUAGAGUGGACACAUCCACCAUGGGAUGCGAACCUAAGGCCCCAGAACGGAUGUUAGUUGGCCAGCAUUCCGGAGCAAAGGAUCUCAAACCCCAUAGUCUUCAAACAGAAGGUUGUAUAAGUCUGGAGAAAGCCAAAGAUGCUGGAAAAGGCCCUGCAAAGGAUAAAACCCCAUUAGCCCAGUCAACGGUUCCAGAGAAAAGCAAGUCUGGUAGAGGCCUUCUAAAUCCGGAAGUGAGUGUCAUUCGAGAGAGGUCUGGAUUAGGUUCAGUUGUCGCUCCUAAAGCUCCAGCACUUUCAGUCUCAUUAGUAGAACUUGUCCAGUCAAAACCCAGUGAAGGUAGAGUUGUAACCCCAUUGGGGUCAACCAGAGGACCUCAAGAGGAGAGGUAUCACUUGGAGGCGGUGGAGGAGACUCCUGCCUCUCCUUCCCCAACCAUGCGGUCACCUUGUACAAGCAAGUCCCGUGCCAUGUCACCUGGUGACAGGUCAAGCUUUGUGAUGCAGCUUACCAGUGUGGCUAAAACUGUGCUGGGACCCAUGAAGUUGGGUUCUCAAGAUGGUGGAAAGGCAAAGGACAGUGGCUCCAAAGCCAACGAGGACAAACGAGCGGCUACAUUGGGAAAAUCUGAAGCCUCGUCUGGGAGUCGCCGUGUGUUUACAGGAACUUGGCCUGGCCCUGGAUCCUCGAAGUCGGAAAAGGCAUCAAAGAGCUCUUCCAAGCAAUUGUAAUGUUUUGAGUGUGUAUUCUGAACUUGGGAUGGGACACAUUCCCAGAGUUUGUCCAAAAUACUGUUUGAAAGACACUAUAGCCAUCAAACCAAUGGAAACAACACUUAUUUCCAAGAAAAUUCAAGAAAAGAACUUAUACAAAACAAGGUGCUUCAAAAUGAAUAUUUUCAAAUAUGUUUGUUUGUGCAUAUAGCGUAUCAACAUAUGCACCUUCAUUUGUGGAUGUAGAACAAACCAAUAUGUCUCUCUAGAUGCAUGUUACAUGUAUAUCGUGAAUAGACAAGUCAAAAAAAUCAGAUAAGAAAAAAUUAAGACCUAAUGCUAGUGAAAACUGCACAUCUAAUCAUUCCUGCCCGGUCUGUAGGGGGCGUGAACUGUCAGUCAUCACCAUAUCAACCAAUCAGUGUGUCAAAAGUAGAAAUGAGAGGUAGUUCAAGUGUUUACUUGGUGACCGACAGUAGAUCUACACAAUCUUAAUACUGUUAAACUGCCGGCAGUAGCACUAACCUCAUACUAGAGGCAACUGAACUGGAGAUACCAGAAAGUUUAACCAGAGAUCUGGGAGUAUUGUACGUUUUUUGCUCAAAAUAGAAAUUGAGUGUUGCACAAGGACAGAGUUGUGUUGAAGUACUCAUUACUGCUGUCUUAAUUACAUUUGCACUGGAAAGACCUCAAAAAAUCUCCUGGAAAGAAGAAAGACAGAUGGAUAGAUAUAAUUCAAAUUAGCCUCUCUGAGGCAGAAUUGUGAUUUCAUGAGAUUGAGAUUAGUAGAUAAAUUGAUGAAGAAAUGCGUCACAGUGAUAUCAUUAAGUUGAAAUAAUACUACGGCUAUGUUCAGAAUGGAAUACUAGCAUACAGCUUACUUCACACUGGGCUGUACAUACUGUAUACUGCAUACUAUUUAAAAAUAGUAUGCAAAACAGUAUGCAAUACUACUAUUUCAAAAAGUAGUAUGCCACAGUACAUUGUUUCCAAAUGACUGUAAUAUUAAAUUUAGUGAAUGGUGUCCAGUUAACAUGCUUAAAACAGUUAAUUUGUUCAGUUUUAAUCCAAUUUUGUGUAAACAUUAUUUUAACUUUUGUCACUCACGAUUGAUCAUUAGUUCCUGUUCAUCUGGGUGUUUCAUGCAUUAGGAAAAUUUGUAUACUAUGCAAAUAUACUAUAUACUACAGAAAUAGUAAGGGGCCGUUUACAAAGAAAACGUUUUUGUGUCUGUCUGCACUGUUUUUCCAAUGUUUGUCCAUGUAAGCAUGCUCUAGACAGACGAGGUGUUCAUUGCACGGCAUCUUGUUCUUCAACUUCAAAAAAUGCAUCUUGACUUCUGCGUUCUGUUCUCUGUUCUCAUUGCACUGAAUCUAGCUAUUUUAGCACAAAAAUAUGUUUGGUCUGAAUGACGACCCCUGAGUGUAUGCUAUUCUGAACAUAGCCUAUGGGCCAGUAAAUGCACUGUGGAUUAUUGACUUGAAUUCUCAUAAAUCUGAUGAAGAUUAAAUUGUUCUUUAGUGAAUAUGCAGAAGAGUUUGUGAAGUGUACAUGGUGAGUAGAUGUGUUUAAUUUAAAUUCAUUCAGGGCUUUUAAUUCACUUUUACUACAUAUUGAUCUUUAUGUCCAACUUUUAUAUCAAUUUAUAACGUAAUGAGUUAAUGCGUAAAUGUCUAGUGGUUUGUGAGAGAUAGCUUCAGGAUGCAUAGAAAUAUAUGUUUACAUGUAGUCACUUGCGUUUGUGUGAAAAUCCUUUGGAGACUUUCUGUGUAGCGGAUCUAAUGUCUUAGGAGUUUUUGGUGCCAGUUAAAUGCAUCGAUUAUCUUACAAAUCAAUUUUUUUCCCAAAUUUUUCCAAUAGAUGACUUUACACUUUACCCAAACAUUAAAGGUGCUGUAAGCUAUUUUUUCAUGGAAAGGUAUGCAACAGUUUUCAAUAAUUUUGCACAUUCUCAUAGUAUUGUAGUUGCAGCGAAUUAUUGAGGCUUAAUGCCAUUUUUAUGCCACGUUGUUCAUAACAGUUGUCAGGUGAGGGCGCUAUUGUGCUGCUGUUGUUUUUGACAAACAUCUCUACCUGUGUUGGUCUUAAUAAAGCUCUUUUGGUAUCUAGGGCGGGUUUUGGGAAAAGGGGGCGUGGCUAAUCCAACAGCUCAGCUUUACAUUUUGUGGAUAUUGUAAAAUGGCUAAAAUCACUUACAGCACCUUUAAUCUGUAGAAAGACAUACAGUGCACCAUGGUAUUUCCCUGAACCUCUGUGUAAAUACAAUGGAACUUGAAUCUGGUAAUCAUUCAAUACCAUAGUAUAUAAUGCCACUUUUCCACCGCACAUUACGGUUCGACUCGACUCUGCUCACAUUACUUUUCUGAGCUUACAUUUCCACUGCAGUUUAGUCCUGCCUCAACCUGGGUGGGAUUAUAGGCUGAUCGUCAUAGAUGCACCGCCUCUACUGCCGUGACAUCAUCUUAAACAUGGCACAAACAUAAACGAUAAACAAUAACACGAGCGCUAGCUGUUAGCUACUAGCUCAUUGUGCAUUGUGAUUUUACACAAGUGUAACAGUUAAAUUGGCCUGGUUGUUUUAGAAGCUUUCCAGUAGCUGGUCAACUAAAUAAAGUGAAGCUUUAGAGUAUAGAGUUAACGUAACAAAAUGUACCAUCCUCCAUCGUGGACUCCAACAACGCCGUUACCGAGUCCAGCGCACUCUCCCUCCCAUUGCUCGCUGGUCUAUUGCCAUAGAUAGCGUCCAUUUGGUCGAACCACUUCCACUUUCUUCUGUUUGAAUCACUCUGGCUGGUGUGGUCCUUGAUGGUUCUAUAGUCAUUUUAACGUUUUUUUUACUUUUCCCUACACUGUUGGUAGGUCUGGUGGUAGCCGUGUGCGGCCGACAGCUGAGACACUUCCUGACAGACUUUAUCAUUUUGCGUUGUUUCAUUCGUCACUAACAAGAGGAACGUCUGCACCUCGUUUAUUGACCACGGUGUGGAUUUGUGCACAGCCAUUUCUUUUUACAAGCUGAAAGUGGCGUGAACAAAUGAAACUGCUAUUGCUGUAGCUAACUAGUGGAUUGAUGUCCCGUGUCACAAAUCCAGUGAUGCUAGUAGGGACGAUUCUCUCUGACCAAUCAGUGAUCUGCAGGGUUAUGACGUCACAUUUAGUAUCGGCUCGGCUCGAUUGGAACCUCGACCGAGGUGGUACUAAAAAAGCAUCAAAUCCCCCCAAAAGCGAGCAAAGUCGAGUCAAGCUGUAAGGUGCAGUGGAAAAGCUGGUGGUGGUGUAGUGGUCUAAACCACAUAACUGGCAAACUGGUAAUCAGAAGGUCACUGGUUCGAUCCCCACUGCCACCACCACCAUUGUGUCCUUGAGUAAGGCACUUAACUCCAGGUUGCUCCGGGGGGAUUGUCCCUGUAAUAAGUGCACUGUAAGUCGCUUUGGAUAAAAGUGUCUGCUAAAUGCAUAAAUGUAAAUGUAAAUGUAAAAGCCCCAUAAGAGUACCAUGUUAUUACCAUUUAACACCAUCAUUGUACCAUGAUAACACCACAGAACUGUUAUAUAAGGGCAAUAUCAUCUUAGAUGUGUGUAUAAUAUUUGGGUAGGGUGUAAAUGCUUCUAUGUUUUCAGGUUGAUUCGGCUGUAAAGUGUGUGUUUAGGAUAGAAAGUGUCAGUUGUUCAUCCGUGUGUUUCAGAUUGUGUAGGCACAGUGUUUGCCUGAAACACAGUUACUCGUGCGAUGAGUUCAAGCAAUGUUACAGAAUGCACUUUAUUGAUUUAUCUCUGUAUAUUGAUUUAUUUGAAUGAUUUUUACCUUGUUUGGCUAUUAAAAUGGGAAGUAGUAUGUUGCUUUCCAAAACUGUUAUGCUGCUCUGCAUAAAUCUUCCUCAAACUGUUUUACCUGUGAAGUUUUUUUUUAACAUGCACGUCUUAUAUUAUUGUUUAUUUACAGUUUUUAUAUGAUUUCUCACCUCAGGCGAUGUUAUAA